CAUCCUGCACUCCCACGAGGUGGCACCCACGCCACAGGGGGUGGCGGAUGUAAGGGCGUCACAUCACUGCCCAACGGUGACGUGACGCUGCGACGAGGCCUCAAGAACCCGUUCUCGGCCCUCACGCGGGCGGGCGGGCGGGAGUGGCGGGUGCGGAGUGUCGAGGACGUGCUGGACGCGGAGGGAGGUGACUACGGGUUCCUGGAAUACUACUCCCUCAGGAGGACGUCCUCGCGAGACACUUCCCUCACUGAUUCCCGGGCGCCCCUCACUUACGGCACCUGGAGCCACCUGGGCGGGACGUGGAGCCGCUGGGCGGAACAAAACUCGGCUCAGUUCUACCCCGCCACGCUCGGCCGCGGGGACAAACCUGAACGCAAGCGCGCCCUCAAGGAGCACCGGCCCCGCAGCCACCACCUGGACGAGGCGUGGCGGCCCGAGGAGAUCCGCACCUCCACGCCGCUCUCUUCCACCACGCCCUCCAUCCACGACCACGUUGCGCCUACUGCGCAGGCUAAGCAGCCCCGCCCGCAGCCUUCAGAGAGCAGGACGGAGUCCUCCCGAAGAGGAAUCUCCAAGCGAAACUCUCUGUUAUGGCGGCUGCGGCCUGACCGGUGGCGGAGCGUGGAGGGCUCCCUACGCAGGGCGCGCAGCCGCGACGACGGCCUCGACGUGGGUCGUGGUCACCGCAUAAGCGACCUGGGAGCCUCGCAACCUGACCUGCUAACCUCUCACCGUGCCCCCAGCGAUGCAGGUUACUGUGACUUGGUGCCCCCUGCCCCGCUCUCCAUCCUGCCACCCACCACCCGCCGGGCAGCCCACAGUGAAACUCUUCCACGCCGCACGCGGCACUCCAGCAAGGACAGCAACACGCUUCUGGCUCGUGGCCGUCGCUGGCUGCACUGUUCUAGCCUGGGCCGCGCUGACCGCGUCGCAGAUAGGAGCGACUCUGAGCUAACUGUUGAGCCCGAAACCAUCAGGCCACACCGCACGGUCAGCAACAACAACACCAGCAGCAGCAGCAACAACAACAACACUAGCAGCAGCAGCAACAACAACAACAACUACUACAGUAGCAGCAGUCACAAUUACAGCAAUAGCCACAACAGUAGCACUCACAGUCACAGCAACAGCCACAACAAUAACAAAAACCUCAACAGCAGCAAAAGUUUCAACAACAGCAACAACAGCGACAACAACAACAACAAUAAGCUGUCCUCCUCCAGCAAGAGUGUCAGCCACCGCAACACCCUCAACAGCCUGUCGCUGAGUGGUCCCCCGACCCUGGGCAGCCUGGGGCGGGAGGCGGGCGAGAAUGAGCUGAGGCGGCGAGGGCGAGCCAGGUCUCGGCGGCCUCGCACCUUCUACCUGCUGGAAGACUACCUCUCCCCCGUGCGGGCUGCGGGCGUAGCCCCCGCGGGCGUGGUGCUGGACGAGUACGUGAGCCACGCGCCGCGCCUUGUCUUCAGGGAGGCGGCCCAUGACACUCCCCAGAGGCCCCUGCCGCCCACUCCGGAGUGGGACACGCCCUCCCUCUCGCCCCCGUCCAGCGUGAUGACCGGUCACUAUUCCACGCCGCUGCAGCCGCAUCACCACCACGGCAGCGGCUGCGGUGGCCACAGCCUCUUCGUGGACGCCAUCAUUCCCUCGCCCUCCAAGAGCGGCGGGUCCAGCCUGUACUCUCCCGUGUUCUCCCCGCGGGACUCGGGCUAUCCGCGCUUCGUUACUCCGGAGCUCGCCCUCCCGGAGCUCUCCCUGCCGGACCGCGCUCCCCCGCCCGUUUCGGGCCUGCCCCAGUCCACUCACGCUCUCUACGCCCACUCCCACACCCAGACGCAGAGUUACCGCAGUCUAGAUCGGGAAGACCGACGUAGAAUCCGAGACUCUCGCAAGAGCCCCGCCCACCACCGAGAUGCCGCCCUACAUAAACUGGGACGCACAGCCACCGCCUCCCGACCGCCACUCUCCAGUAAACUCCGCCAGAACGGCCUCCUCUCAGCCCAGAAGCUGCCGGUGCUCACCAACAAGAGCAGCUCCUCGUCCCGGGUCAACCUUCCCCACGACGCGUCCUGCCACCACGAAGGCGACACCGGCGGAGGAGGGGGCGGUGGGGGACGGACCAGGGAGGGAGGAGGGGGAGGAGGAGGAGGAGGGACGACCGGGGGCCAAGGGGGGGCUGGCUCCCUCCCGGUGCUGAAUAAUAACAAGGGCGAGCUCAACGCUGACUCCCCAAGACCCUCCAGACUCAGCUCCUGCAAAGCCUCCUUCUCCUCCUCCUCCUCCCCCUCCUGCACCUCCAACGCCGCCGCCGCCACCGCCUCCUCCAAUAGGCCCCCGACCUCCGCCCACCACCACACCCUACCUCUGUCUCCUCAGGAGGCCCUCAAGACCUACGGGGAUCUGCUGUCGGAGUACGAGCGGCGGGAGAUCGAGGCGUACCCUGAAGUGUAUUACCUUGGGGUGGACGCCAAGAAGAUCCACGGAGAGGAAGGCGCUCAGUUGAACGGCGGCUAUGACGACGAGAACGGUAGCUACAACAAGGUGAUGCAUGACCACAUCAGUUACCGCUACGAGAUCCUGGAAGUGAUCGGGAAAGGUUCCUUCGGCCAGGUGAUUCGCGCUAUCGACCACAAGACAGGCGACCACGUAGCCAUCAAGAUCAUCAGGAACAAGAAGAGGUUCCAUCACCAGGCGCUCGUGGAGGUCAAGAUUCUGGACCACUUGAGGCGGCGGGACCUGGAUCAGCACCACAACGUGAUCCACAUGCUUGACUACUUCUACUUCCGAAACCACUUGUGCAUCACCUUCGAGCUCAUGGGUCUGAACCUGUACGAGUUGAUCAAGAAGAACAGCUACCAGGGCUUCAGUCUGAGCCUCAUCAAGCGGUUCGCCUACUCGCUGGUGCAGUGCCUCAAGCUGCUGCACCGCGAGAACAUCAUCCACUGUGACCUCAAGCCCGAGAACGUCCUACUAAAGCAGCGAGGAAGCAGCAGCAUCCGCAUCAUUGACUUUGGCUCCUCCUGCUACGUCCACCAGAGAGUCUACACGUACAUCCAGAGCCGCUUCUACCGCUCCCCAGAGGUCAUCCUAGGCCUUCCCUAUGGCCUGCCAAUUGACAUGUGGAGUUUAGGCUGCAUCCUGGCAGAGCUGUACACUGGGUACCCGCUGUUCCCGGGUGAGAAUGAGGUUGAGCAGCUGGCUUGCAUCAUGGAGGUGCUGGCACUGCCCCCCCACCACCUCCUCAUCGCUGCAUCAAGGCGCAGGCUCUUCUUUGACUCCAAGGGCAACCCCCGCUGUGUCACCAACAGUAAGGGCAAAAAGCGUCGGCCAGGCUCACGUGACCUCGCCUCCGUCCUAAAGUGUUCAGACUCUCAGUUCGUCCACUUCAUUUCCCGCUGCCUCGAAUGGGACCCCUCUGCCAGAAUGACCCCAGAGGAGGCACUGCAGCAUGAUUGGCUCCUCUCCUCCCACUCCUCCACUGUCUCCUCCUCGCCUCCAUCAGGCUCCGUGGGCAGUUCAGAGAGGCGGUCAGGUGUGGUGAAUGGUGGCCCAGCAGGGCAUCCCAGGAGACAUGGCCCCAUCACUCAGGACUCCACCGAGGACGAGAACUACAGUCUCUAUAAGGUUUACAAGGGGAAGCGCCACAGAGACAUCAGUGUGACUGUGGCAGAGAGUGGGGCAAAGCAGGACUGUACUUCCUCCAAUGCUAACACCACUACUACUGCCACCACCACCAUGGCUGCCACCAUCUCCACCACCACCACCACUACCUCCACCACUGGUGUCAAUGGCAAUCCAGAGACGACCUCCACUGAAAACUCCCUGGAUGACUCGGGCACGUUUCUGCCUCCUAUCCUCUAAGGACGAGGUGCAGACGAGGCACAGCGACAUACUUCCUCUCCUAGACGGAACUCAGCAGCCCCACGGGGCGCCCAGUGGGCCGCUGAACGGGUUGGGCCACACUGCUCAGUGUGUGGAGGACCAAACUCACCAAGUUUUCACAGUGGCUGGUACAAUGGCUCUAGUGAUAUCUGACUUGUAACAUUAUUUUAUAGAAAGGUGUAAGCAGAGAAAUUAAAUAUUUUAUAAGUGUUAAGUGAUCAAUGACUAUAUUUAGUAAUGUAAAUGGUCUUGUCAGGAAAACACACAACCUACUAGUCCUGUGUGGACUUUCUGCAAGAGACUGCCUGUGAACAAAGUGUAACCCGAUGUGCCCUAUGCUGUGUAUAGAUCUAGCUGCAGUGUGUUAGGUGUGGCCCCUCCCUCCUCCCUCCCUCCCUCCCUCCUUCAUCCCUACCUCCAGUACCUUCCCUCACAGCUCAGUCCCACGCCUCCCAGGAUGAGGGGCUUCCUUCCCUCUCAGGCCUCUGUCCCUCAACAUUGGUUCCUCAUCACCUUCUUUUCAUACACAUAACUGUUAACAUUAUAAUCAAUUUUCCUUACACUAGUACUAGACUCAUAAGUUUCUUUCCCAUAUUCUUAUUCAUUAUAGUUGAUUAAGUUUAUUUUGUAAAAUUUCUCUUUGGAACAUGUCUUUAUUUUUUCAUUUCCUGUGUAAUUUCCAUUGGAUGAAAUAUGUAAUAUUUUUGUUGUGCAUGCAGUCAUCUGGGAGACAGAAUUGUUGGCUCCUCUGUUUUCUCUUUCCUGAGCUCCACCUACUUUGCAUCAAUGAGGCCUAUGCAAUAUGGUAUUAGUCCUAGCAUUUCCUUUCCUUGUCCCACAAUGGCUGGCCUCACUUGUACAGGAAGUAAGGGACCUUCAAACUUGAGUAAGCAAGGUGGAAAUACUAGGAGAUGUGAACAAAAAAUGUUGCAGUACAAGUUGCAAAAGUUUCAGUAUUGUCAUCUUCCCUUGGUUAUACAGACCUUUUGUUUCUUUGUGAAAUUACCAAUUGUAAUUAACUAUGAUGAAACACGAAUAACUUUUUCUCCUGUGAGACUCAGCCUUAUCGCAGCUCUGUGAUAGCCUUAACAUAUCUCCUAAUAAGCCUUACCAAAGAUUCACCAAAGAUGUAUCUUUUGUACCCUUGUCAUGUCUGCCUGUAUAGGCAAAUUUUAGUCUCCAAACCACAAGUUCUGCAUUAGGGCCACAAAUACCGAGCCAGUCAGUCACAGGUCUGAGGGUUUGCCUGCAGACACUCUGGUCCCGGGCCACCUGAGGCGCCUACAGCCCAGCCACUAGCCUGGGCAGCGACUUGGUGCGACAGAGGCUGGCAGACGGCAGUUUGGCUGGUGGAGUGCAGAUGUUUAAUUGCCAUUUUUGUUAGAGGUUUCAAAUCAGUGAAUGGGUAAUUUGAAACAUUAAUGGAAAGCAAAAUAAAUUAAUUAUUAUAUUACCACAUAAACAAUGAAGAAAACAGUCGCAUAUUUUCUCUCAGCCAAUUUUACAUUCUUAGAAAUGCUAAGGAAUAAAUGAGCUGGUUGUGUAUCACCACACUCUCCGCGCAGUGGUCAAUGCAGCGGAGGGAAAUGUGCAGAGAUGGUCAUCCCGGAGGUGGAAUACCGCAUGUCAUGUGUGUCUCUACCAUGCAGAGAUACACAUGAAGGCUGUUUGUUCCACAGUCAGCUCGAGAUGGUCCAAGUCCCCCCAAGGUGACAUGCCACACAAAAGAACUUCCCUUCAUUACAUUUCCUGCCAAUGAUUUAUUCCCUUACAUUCAGAAACAAAUCAAAACUUAUGUAAGUAAAACUGACUUUACUUGAUUUUUUUUACCAUGUGAUGAAGCAAUACACCAAGUGACAGCAUGCGUGUGAGUGACCUGUAGGUUGCGGGCCAUGCGCGUGUGUGAUGGGAAAGGUCAUUUAAGUAGGCAAGGUCAUUCAGACCAUCUCAUGUGGAGCAUUUAUACACUGUCCUGUGUUUUUUGUUUAUUUUUUUAUCCUCCCUCAUGGACUGUAAAUUGAGUAAAUCUGAAGCUGUGGCAAGAGCACCACAGGCAGAGUGAGUGGCAAAUAGGGCACGGGCAGUGUUAGUGCAGGGAUCCAAUGCUGUCACUGAGUUAGGAUGUGCUCAAGGGUAUUUUCUGAAAUUUACCUGCAGUGGAAAUAUUUUAGAUGUAAUAAUAGAUUUAGUCACAUCACUAACGUCAUAUUGUCGUCUGAGACAAGACUGGCAAUCACUGAUUUUAUUUAUCAUACUUCAUAGUCUAUUUUAGCUACAGAUAUGUACAGACCAUUCUGUACUUCUCAUCACUUCAGUGUUGGGGCGAACUAUAAAAAUUAAUCGUUUUAACAAGUUUAGCUUUUUUUAUAGUCUCAUGGACAAUUAAUAAUUCUCAUUCUUUAUUCAUUAUUAUUAUUAUUAUUAUUAUUAUUAUUAUUAUUAUUAUUAUUAUUAUUAUUAUUAUUAUCAUUAUUAUUAUUAUUACUAUUAUUAUCAUCAUCAUCAUUACUGUAAUAAUCAUUAUUGUUAUUAUUAUUGUUAUUAUUGGUAUAAUUCUUGUUGUCACUCUUACUCAGCUGAAUGGGGCUCAGCAGUUGGUGCUCACACUACUGAACAAUCUUCCACCAAAAAAAAAAAAUCAAGAGUAAAUGUUCAUAUUUGAUUUGCUUAUAUACAGCUUUCAUACUUAUUUAUUAUUGUUGAUGAUUUCUAAUUAUUUGCUUAUAUGUUAAUUCACAAUAAAGGAUUUUUGAUUCAUGCAUAAUCUAGUGUCAGCAAGCAAGCCAUUCUUUGGGGAUAGAUUCACACAAAUAAUUAUGUUCACAAGCAACCCAUGCAGCUCUCCCCCAAUAAUACACACACACACACACACACACACACACACACACACACACACACACACACACACACACACACACACACACACACACACACACACACACAAACACACACACAUAUAUAUAAUUUUUACUGCUGGUGUUUAACAGUGAGGAGAGAGCCAGUUAGAAGUGAUGUUCUGUGUGGUAUCUGCUGCACAGACCAGCAGUGUGCUACGUGAAGGCCAGGAGGCAGCAGUGUGUUCAGAUGGUCACCUCACUGUGGUGGUGGUGGAGACAGUGGCAGGGAGACAGUGUUCAUUGUUUCUGGAAAGGUUUGAUGAAUUAUGGGUGAAGUGAAUCCUUUCCAGCCACUCAUCAAAGGACUAUGUACAAGCUGAAAUACAAAGACACUUUUUUUGUAGAGACACAUACAGUCCCUUGGAAAUUGAGCUUGGAAGUGAGCAUAUGUGAGAGUGGCAGAUAAAUGGUGUCAAAAUAUGCUGCUUGAAGGAGAGAGACAUGCUGCUAGGAUCCCAUCUGAAUGACUCAGGAUUCCUGUAGAGAUUCCCACGGAGUGCUGGCAGCCGUGUGUUGGGCUGACCAGCAAAUCCCCAUGUGUGAUUCAGUGUAUUCUAAUUGAGCUUUUAUGUGUCUGAGACUGAAGGCAGACAGUUUCUUUUCUAGUUUUCAUCGGAGGUACAUAUAUUUCCUUUGCUGAUCUUCAAUAUUUUAUUCCUUAAUGUAUGAAAAUAUAUAUAUAUAUAUAUAUAUAUAUAUAUAUAUAUAUAUAUAUAUAUAUAUAUAUAUAUAUAUAUAUAUAUAUAUAUAUAUAUAUAUAUAUAUAUAUAUAUAUAUAUGCAAAAAAUCACCCAUCUCAGUUUCUUAUCUAUUCUUUCUUGUAGUUCUCAAAACCAGAUGACUCUUCAAUUUUAACGAAUUCAUGAUUUUCUAAAGGAAAACUGAAGCCCAAGUUCCCUGUUCCAUGUACAUGGGUGGUUUGUAUUGAGGUGGAAGACCAGCUGAUUGUGUGUGACAUCCUGCAGAGGCAGGAAUUGAGCCUUGGCCAGAUCCAGUCACCAAUCAUUUUCUUACGUCGUGUUGUCUGUUCCACAUUUCUGUACCAAGACCCUUGGCCUCUGUGUUGUAUUGUAUCACAUCUUACUGUAUAUUUAUUAAAUUCGCCCUGACUCAUAAGUAAAUACCUUAAAUAUG